AUGGCGAAAAAUGAGGAAAUGAAGAUUGUCUUUGGAGCAAUGUCAUUUGGAAAGCCAAAUACACUUGGCUCUCGAGUUCAUGAUAUUGCUACAGCGACCGAGAUUGUGGAUCUAUUCCAGCGUCAUGGCCACAACGAAAUCGAUACAGCCCGCAUUUAUGGCGGCGGAUCCUCUGAGGAAAUGAUCGCUGACCUCGCAUGGAAAGAACGCGGUCUCAUUGUUGACACCAAGCUGUACCCCAAUGCUGGAGGCCCCGCUGCCUUUGCGGAUGGAUACACUCACAAGCCCGAAGACAUUCGACGCGGAUUGACGAACAGCUUGAAAGCGCUCCAAUCUGAAGAUGUCGAUAUUUUCUACCUUCAUGCUCCAGAUCGCAACACCCCCUUCGAGGAAACUUUGAGCGAAGUAAACAAACUACAUCAAGAAGGCCGUUUCUCUCGUCUUGGCUUGAGCAACUUCAUGGCCUGGGAGGUAGCCCAAAUAUGCGAGAUCUGCAUCAAGAACGAUUGGGUCAAGCCAACCGUCUACCAAGGCGUCUACCACGUUCUCCAGCGCAGCAUCGAGAGUGAACUGAUCCCCUGUCUCCGCAAAUACGGGAUCUCACUCUAUGGAUUCCAGCCUCUUGCAGGUGGCCUUCUUACUGGACGGUAUAAGAGGGAUCAAACCGAAUUCGAAGAAGGAUCACGCUUUGACCCUAAGAUCCUCUCUGGAACUGUUGCUCGAGGUCGUUAUUGGAAUGAUGCCUACUUUGAUGCGCUUGAGACUGUUCAUUCUGCCGCACUCAAGCAUAAUUUGACCGAUGCUGAGAUUGCGUUGAGAUGGCUAAAGUAUCACUCGAAAUUGAGCCAGGAUUUGGGUGAUGCUAUUAUUGUGGGUGCGAGUCGAGUCAGUCACCUAGAGUCUAAUUUGAAAGAUCUGGAGAAGGGAACACUUCCUGACGAAGUUGUUCAGGCUGUGGAGGAGGCCUGGUCGUUGGUGAAAGGUGCUGUGCCUAACUAUUGGCACUAG